AUGUCCUCUUCCCUUCGAUCAAAUCCCUGGAGGGCAUACCAGUGCCUCGCCCGUCAAAGGGUUCGCAUCCCCCAAAACACCCGCCACCUCUCCUCGACCACCCUCCGAUCCGCCAACAAUGCCGCCAGCAAUCCCCUCCGAUCCGCCGAGCGCGCAAAGCGUGUGCAAGAGGUCGCAAAGGCCAAGCGCUCGGUCGUCAUCUCCACCGUGGGAAUCAUUGCCUGCGCAGCGACAAUGUACGGAUUGAUCACGUAUGACGUGUUCGGAGUCGAAGCAUUGAAGAACAAGGAGGAAGCGACAUUAGACAAACAAGCCGACGCCGCCACAAGUACCCCAACGAACAACGGCGCAAUCAAAAUGGACGGACCAACCGGCUUCCCAAGUGACGGCGGACCCCCCCCCGUAAUCCCCGUUCACGGCCAAGACCUCGUCGACCAAAUCGCAACGGGCAACAGCUCAGUCCCAUAUUUCCCCACCACCAUCCGCCUACCCUCCCUCAAAGACGACAAGAAACAAGCCGGUGAUGAACUCUCCACCGCCGACGGCGACGAGUACCAACUCCUCGGCCUGGGCAUCCGCAGCGUCUCCUUCCUCUCAAUCCAGGUCUACGUCGUCGGCCUGUACGUCGCAAAGGCAGACAUCACCGAGCUCCAGCAACGUCUCGUCCACACAGCCGUCCACCCACCCUCCAACGACGCAGCCGCCAUCUCCGGUGUCGGCGCCGACGCCGCAACAUCCCUCGUCCCGCCCGAACGCCAACAACUCAAGGAAAUGCUCCUUAGACCCAGAGACCGGCGACGCAGCCUGGAUGACGGGAUUCGCACCGCCUUCCGCAUUGUGCCCACCCGUAACACGGACUUCAUGCAUCUCCGCGACGGCUGGGUCCGCGGCAUCACGGCUCGCGCGCAGCAGAAGAAACCGGCCCCGGGCUCGGAGCAGCCCGGCGAGUUCCAGGAUCAGGAAUUCGGGACGUCGAUGAAUGACUUCAAGGCUGUUUUUGGCGGUGGUCAGCGUAAGAAUGUUCCCAAGGGGCAGACUUUGGUUCUUAUGCGUGGUGCGCAAGGUGCGCUUGAUGCGCUUUUCCAGCCUGAGGCUUCGAAGCCGAUUCAGUGGAUGGGGAGGGUUUCGGAUGAGCGGAUUAGUCGUCUUGUUUGGUUGAAUUAUCUGGCUGGGAAGACUGUUGCUAGUGAUGGGGCGCGGAGGAAUAUUGUUGAUGGGCUGAUGACUGUUGUUGAGCGGCCUGUUGGAACUGUCACUCAGCGGGUUGUUUGA